AGAAAAUGCUACUCGUUUCGAGGCUGUUCACUUUCGUGAGAAACAAACAGAAACUGAAAAACAUGAAAAUUCUCACCCGCCAGUCCAUCCUCCAGCACAGACCAACCCUAAUUUCUUCGAUUAGCUUCGGAGUUCUUAGAAAAUUGGGUCCCAGAAGAUGGUUCUCUGCGCAUUCGGAGGAGCCAGAGCUGAAGGAGUUGAUGGAGUACAUGGAUUCUUUGAAGAACUACGAGAAAGUGGGCGUGCCCAAAGGCGCUGGUACGGACUCGGAUGAUGGGUUCGAUCUGGGUCGGAUGAGGCGGCUUAUGGAGCGGCUCGGCAAUCCUCAAUCUCAGUUCAAGGCUGUUCACAUUGCUGGGACAAAAGGAAAAGGAUCGACUGCCGCGUUUCUCUCCAAUAUUUUACGAGCAGAAGGGUAUUCUGUUGGUUGUUAUAGCAGCCCACAUAUUCAGACUAUAAGGGAACGCAUAUCGUUGGGAAGAUUUGGUGAGCCGGUGUCAGCAAAGACAUUAAAUUGUCUUUUCCUUCAUAUUAAAAAAUUUUUCGAUCAGGCAAUGGAGCAUGAAAAUGGGCAUAUAAGUCAUUUUGAGAUUUUCACUGCAAUGGCAUUCACCCUAUUUGCUCAAGAGAAUGUUGACAUUGCAGUUAUUGAGGCUGGGUUGGGAGGUGCACGGGAUGCAACAAAUACUAUUUCUAGUUCUGGACUUGCUGCAUCAGUCAUAACUACAAUAGGUGAGGAACAUUUGGCUGCGCUUGGAGGUUCUCUGGAAAGCAUUGCCAUGGCAAAGUCAGGAAUCAUUAAACAUGGCUGCCCAUUGGUGCUGGGUGGGCCUUUCCUUCCACACAUUGAAUGCAUUCUACGGGAUAAAGCAUUGUCAAUGUCUUCUCCUGUAGUAUCAGCAUCUGAUGCUGGAAAUCAAAGUACCAUAAAAGGUAUUAGCAGGAUGAGUGGUAGACCUUACCAAUCUUGUGAUCUAGUAAUACAAAUUGAGAGGGACUUUAAGCUGCAGUUCCUUGAGUUACUGGAUGUGAAACUGUGCAUGCUUGGAAGUCACCAACUUCAAAAUGCAGCAACUGCCACCUGUGCAGCACUCUGUCUUCGUAAUCUAGGAUGGAGAAUUUCAGAUGGAUCCAUUAGGGCUGGUUUAGAGCAUACAUGCUUGCUUGGAAGAAGUCAAAUUCUAACAUCAAAAGAAACUGAGGCACUAGGACUACGUGGAACAACAGUAUUGCUGGAUGGAGCCCACACCAAAGAAUCUGCUAAUGCUUUGGUGAAGACAAUAAAGAUGACAUUUGGAGAGGCACCGUUGUUUCUUGUGGUUGCAAUGGCAAGUGACAAAGACCAUGUUGGAUUUGCAAGAGAGUUUCUUUCAGGUGGAGAAUUAGAAGCAGUCCUUCUGACAGAAGCUGACAUUGCUGGAGGCAAAUCUCGAACAACUUCAGCUUCUUUAUUAAGAGAUUGUUGGAUCCAAGCUUCCAAAGAAUUGGGCAUUGAUAUUGUCCAUGAUAGCACAACAAAAUCCAGGGAAGUGUUCAAUAAUCUAUUAGUAUGCUCUGCAAGCAAAUUAGAAAAUGGAACCAUAUUAGGUGCUGAAAGUUCAUUAAUGGCUUCAUUGAAGGCUACAAAUCAGAUCCUAAGAGAAAGGGCAGGUAAUCAGUCAGGCAUUAUUGUAGUCACUGGAUCUCUGCAUAUAGUUUCAAUGGUAUUAGCUGCUCUCAGUAGUUAAGGCAGAUUAUUUAUGAUGUUGCUUUGAGUAAUGGUUUCUAUUUGGAAUUUGUGUAAUUUGUGAUGCUGCUCUCAGUGGAAUUUGUGUUAAAAAGUAUAAAAUUUUAUUCUAUUUGGACUAAA